CCAAAUCCAAUUAAUAGAAUUUCGCCCCACCUGCCGUUGUAGACUUGGUCUUCUAAAAGAAAAUUCAUAAGAAAAAUCAUAAUAAAUAGAAGAAAAAGAGUGAAGCCAGCUUUAAACAAGUGAUGGAAGGUGAGGAAUUCGCAGUGGGUUGCUUCCUUUCAAUCAAGACAACUUUGGGUGACGAAUUCGAAGCCCAAAUCAUCAGUUUCGACACCCUUUCCAACAUCCUCGUACUUAAAGAGAAAUCAGGUCCCAGAUGGAACAUUCGGCUGCUGAAGGCUAAUUACAUUAAGGAGUUCUCUUUAUUGCGUCAAGGUGAAGAUCCACUUGAUGUCAACAAAUGUUUUUUAGACCUUACUAGUCUUCAAGCAAGGGAAGAAUCUGCUCUUAGGCAAGCAGAUGCCGAUUCUGAGAGGUUUGGAGUUGGUGUUACCAGUGAGGCACAGAUUCUUUUUGAUGCUUUGUCUAAAACGCUUCCUGUGCAUUGGGACAAAACUGUCAUUGUUGUAAUGAAUGACGUGCGUGUAAGCAGUCCAUAUCUUCCCGAGUCUGUUAGUGGAGGAACUCCUGCAGCCAACGAACGGGUGAAGAAAGUGCUGGAGUUUGAAAGGAAGAGGAUGCAAACUUGUGGUACUAGUCUGUGAUGAACUCACAUUUGAGUUGUACAAAGGUUGGAGAACCCAAAAAAGUGCUAUGAUUGGUAUAUUAUGAUUGGCUUGUUGGUAAUGAAGCCAGUACAAAGAGAGGCAAGUUGGUUAUUCUUUGGAUUUAUUGGCAAGUUUGCUUAUAAUCUAUCCAUACUUUCUUUUUUUUUCGUUUCUACCCAUUGUGAAGAUGAAUGCUACAGGAAGGAAGAUGAAAGUGGUACGGCGAAAGGAGAUAAAAAUGAAUGCUACAAGGAAUGAGAUAAAAAAAUAGUACGGAGUAAACUGAUAAGUGGUGAAAUAGUUUAUUUUCUUAUGACUGUAAUAAUUCAGUGGAUUGAUACAGUUGAUUCGAUUCUGAAAAUUUCUCCUGAAUUUGAUUUGGUCAAUGAAUGUCGAUAAUUUAAAUCCAAUUCAAAUUAAUUCGUAUAUGGAAUGAUGCACGAUUGAUUGGAUUUUAAAUUUAAUAUUUU